UUUCUCACCGCUGCCUUUUACUGGCCAGCGAUUGGCCCGCGCAGGUGCCAAUCAUCGCCUGGGCUACCUUAAAGCUCCAAUCAGCAGUUCAGAGGUGUAAAAGGGCGGGCGCUGAUUGGGCGGCGGGAGUGCCCGCCCAGCAGACCCCUGUGAGGGCGGUGUCGUGAGGGGCGGUCGAGACGUCCCGGGUAUGGCUCCCCGCGACCCCAACCCACCCCCGGCCCUCUGGCCCGAGUGGGGCUUAGUGUCCCCAACCUGCCCCCGGGACCCUCGCCUGGGUCGAGCCUUGCACUCCCAGCCUGGAGCACGGGCAGUUCCAGCCCCAUCCCAGCGGCCCCAACUCAGGGGUCCUUCCCUUGCAGACCCCCGCUGCCUGGAUGUCGCUGGAGGAGCCUGAGGGUCCCGAGCCGGAGGCGGCGGCGGGCGACCGCCCCUUCCCGGGGGGACUGGGUGGGGAUGAGCCCCCCGGCAAGGGCCCGGACAGGCCGUGCCCGGAGCCGGCGCUGGGUCCCUGCUCGUCCAUGUACUUCGCGUCGCUGGACGCCACAGUGGAGGGCCUGCAGCAGCAGGUGCAGGACGUCUUCAGCCGCAUCAACGACGGCCGCAAGGAAGACCACAGGGUGCUGAGCGGCUUCAGGGACAGCCUCCUGCAGAAGGUCUCGGAGCUGGCGGAGCAGCUGGAGGAGAGGCUCUUCCACAUCUACGGCUUCCACAACGAGCUAAUCCAGGAGCGGCUGCAGGCUCUGACCGAGGUGAUGGAGAGCGUGGAGGAGGUGCAGGCGGAGCUGCGCCACAUCUGCUGCACUGUGGAGGCGGCUUAUCGGGACCUCUGCCUGCAGCCCGAGGCCUGAGGGCACCCCCAAACCUGAGCGGGACCCCCCGCAGCCCCCCCCAAACCCACAGGACCGCACGGUUGUGCCAGGCCAAAGGGGGAUUUUGGCCCCAAAGGGCUUUUCUGUAGCUGUUGCUGUUGGUUGUUGGAACAAAUAAAGGGCUGAAGCCGAC